CCCUUGUCUCCAUGCGCGGCUGGGGGUGGACCACUCGGAGACAUGCUGCUCUCCUUGGAGUCCAUACUGUCCAGUUGUCAAUGUGGUCCUGAAACAUUUGUGAGUGUUGAAUGGCCCUGAGGACUCCGCCGUGUUGCUGAACUCUGACUCCAACAGCGCACUGUGGUUGACCAUCAGGACGGAGGAGGACUAGGAGUGGAGGUGGAGGAUAAUGCAGCACAUCCUUACCCAUGGGACCCUGUGGCGGGUGCUGGCGUGGCGCUCGCUGGCGGCAGGCGCAGCCGUCCUCGAGCAUCCGGCGGCGACAGCGCCGGCGUCCAGGUUCUGUGUGCUCCGUCUGUCGCUGCUGCCGCCCGCCGCCCAGAGAUGGGUCUCAGCAUCCGCCUCCGGCAGAACAGCACAUCAGCCAAAGCACCAAUCCCCACAGGAACAAACAGCACAACCUGCGUCUGACCCGCCUUCACAGGACGACCCCAAAGGGCAGCCGGAGAAGGCGGACGUUGACCCGCUGCAAGACAAGUCCAUCGGUCUGGUCCAGAGGUUUAAGAAGACGUUUAAACAGUACGGAAAGGUGAUGAUCCCGGUUCACUUGGCAACGUCCUCCGUCUGGUUUGGAACCUUCUAUUACGCUGCUAUGAAAGGUGUGAAUGUAGUGCCGUUCCUAGAGAUGAUUGGUUUCCCAGAAUCAAUAGUUGGCCUUAUGAGAGAUUCCUCUAGUGGCUAUGCACUGACCGCCUACGCCAUGUUCAAGAUUGCAACCCCAGCUAGAUACGCAGUGACGCUAGGCGGAACCUCGCUGUCCGUUCAGUACCUCCGCAAACAGGGCUACCUCUCCACACCGCCGCCAGUCACGGACUACCUCCAGGACAAGAUGGAGGCGACGAAGGAGAGAUUCACAGAAAAGAUGGAGGAAACAAAAGGACUCAUCUCUGAGAAAAUGGAAGAGACUAAAGACAAGCUUUCUGAGAAGCUGCAGGAAACCAAAGACAGAGUUUCAGAGGGGAAAUCGUUUUUUCGAAAGAAGAACGACUAGCGGCUCACACGUACACGAGGCUCCCGCUGCUAAGUGGUUCUGUUAGGAUCUCGUUCUGUGGAGUUGACAGAGUGGGGGCGAGUAACACUUCAUUUCUUUGACGGUCUGGAGGUGUGAGACGUUGCACUAUCCCCGUCUUGACACCCAUCAGUUAUCACUUUGGUGUCUAUUUAUGUGUCAAAUCGGUCCCUAAUUGUCUGAACCCUCCCACAAUGCACUGCAAAUGUAGAUCAGCCAGCAGCUUAGCUGCCUGCUGGCAGCGCCGCUUCCUGGCUCUGCCGUCUCAGGCGGGAUUUCCACAGACUGGAUCUGGGCUGAGUCGUCUCCUGGCUGCGAAGCAACUGCCAGUUUUACUUGAACACUCUGGGAGCCAGGUGAAGACGGCCAGAGACACGGAGCUGUGCUAAUCCUUCUGACUGAACAGAAAAUAAAACUUGAAGCUCUUCGUUAACCGUCUCAUAGUUUGUUAAAAGAGAAAGAGAUUUCACCUUGUGUCUUUAAAUGUAACUAACCAGAAAUAAUGUUUUUUUAAUGAGUUUUUCUCUUUAUAGUCAAAUAAUAUAUCACAUAGGUUGUGGUUUCUGCACUACGAGUGCCGAGUUGAAAUGGGACUAAAGCGGAAGAUGGCUUGGUACAGUUUACAUUAGGCAAGCACACCUGUACAGUCCUGGUCAGAGCUCCAGGAGGAAGUUCUGAUCGGUUCUGAUCAGAUGGAGGAGAACGAGUCGGACUUGAAUGUUUAGGCUCCUAGAAGUUGUUGUGACAGGAGACUAUAAUAAUUGUUUUAAGUUUUCUGUGAUCACAAAACUUAAAAAUUCCAAUCUAGAGGCAAUGAAUCAGAAAUGAGCUUCAAAAUGCUACAAACAAUUGUAGACCUAAACAAAAUGUGAAACAUUCAACCAAAAACUUCAAGUACUUAUAUGAACUUCUUAUAAAAAUCCAAAUCUUUAAGUUUGAGACAUAAAACAAGUUUCACAAUCACUUGCAGAUCCUGUUUCUCCAAAAAUAUGACUGCUUUAUAAGUUUUGUUGCAUAUUGAAUUUAUCAUUCAGCAUAAUAAUAAACCAUUAUCAUGAUUAACUUAUUUACCCUUUAUUAUUAGAAACUGUUCACUUUUUCCUUGACGCCUGAGUAUUUUGGCCUUCAUGGUGUUUGGGCCGUGGAGCAGAAGGAGUUUCUGACCCGGACUGUAAACGGACUGCUGUGUAGAACGUGGAUAUUAAAGUUUCACAAUGUGACAGAAAUAACUUGUUUCAUUUAGUAAACAGACUGAUGUCCUCACCAGAAAUUCACUCUGAUGUUUGGUCAAAACCACACCGAAUAAAAGUGAUCUGAAAAUCA